UCUGCUUUUUAUUUGUGUACAGGAUUAACCUGUUCAGUUUUACACAUUGUCGAGUAACUGCCAGUGAGAGGAUACGGGUUGAAAUGUGCUGGUGAAGGAGUUAAUCCUGAUUUGCUUUCUAUUUCCUCGGUGCUGUGAUUCAGUGCUCCCUCUUUGUAACCAAGCUGAGUGUGAAAAGUGAGUGCAUCUCCCUUCAGUGGCCAAUAUUCAGUCCCACCUCUUCCUCCAUUAAUAUCCUAGAAUGCAAAUAUGACCACUGGACAGAAGAACAGCAAACAGUGUUCAGUGAAGAAGAAGAAUGUUGGAAAUUGAAGUGAAAUACAACAUUGAUUCUGAAGGGCUUGUUCAUGCAGAUUCAAUACAACUUGCAGAAUGUUGACUGACUGAAUUGUAAUCCACUGAAGGACACCUCCUGAAUAAUUUCAUCAACAUUUGCUUGGUAAAGCCAUCCACCUGAUACCAAUAUGGCGGAUGACUGGAAGGUUUCUGAAAAUCCAAAUCACCUGCCUGCAAGCAUCUUUGUUCCGAUCAUCUUUUCACUGAUAUUCCUACUCGGAACUAUAGGGAACAGCCUUGUGCUGGCAGUGCUGCUGAGGAAUGGCCAGAUGAGUUACAACACAACCAAUCUCUUUAUCUUAAACCUAAGCAUAGCCGAUCUGUUCUUUAUUAUCUUCUGUGUUCCUUUUCAAGCCACCAUCUAUACACUGGACGGGUGGGUCUUUGGCUCAAUCCUUUGCAAAGUGGUCCACUUUUUCAUCUACCUCACCAUGUAUGCAAGUAGCUUCACAUUGGCUGCUGUGUCAGUCGACAGAUAUCUUGCUAUUCGAUACCCUUUGAAAUCCCGAGAUCUCCGCACAGCAAGGAACGCCACAGCUGCCAUUGCUGUAAUCUGGGCCUUGUCCAUCAUUCUAGCUGGACCAUAUUUGAGUUACUACCAGAUUGUCCAUUAUGAGGGAAUACCCAUUUGCGUGCCAAUAUGGGAAGACAGAAAGAGAAAAAUAAUGGACGUUUCCUCGUUUGUUUUUGGCUUUUUAAUCCCAGUUGCAAUCCUGAGUCUUGCCUACGCCAGAACAAUCAAGUAUCUGUGGACAUCAGUGGAUCCCAUUGAGACCAUCUCAGAGUCCAAGAAAGCAAAGCGGAAGGUGACAAAAAUGAUCAUCAUUGUCGCUGUUCUGUUUUGCCUCUGUUGGUUGCCCCAUCAUGUUGUGAUCAUGUGCUUCUGGUUUGGUUACUUCCCCUUCAAUAAAGCCACCUACGCUUUCCGCCUCAUUUCACACUGCCUGUCCUAUGCCAAUUCCUGCCUCAACCCCAUUGUGUACGCUUUGAUAUCAAAGCAUUUUCGCAAGAGGUUCAGGCAGGUCUUCACUUGUCUCCUGAAGAAGCAAACCACCAAUAAAGUCCAUGUUGUCCACGUGGCCAACACUGUGACCGGCUUUCAGCCGCCGCCAACGGAAACCUCCCAGAUAAAUGAAGAAAACUGUAAAGUCGGACGCUCAGCUAUGGCAGAAAGCAAGAUGGGACGGAACAAGCCAAGGGCUGCACUGAGACAGCAGGCUCUGCAUUAUCCCUAAGGAACUCCUCAAUUCUGAUUUCAAAGCAGAUCUCUAGAAUAUUGAAACUUUCAUCUGGGUGUAGAGCCUGGUGCAUUGAGAGAGUUGGUCAUUGAUAAUUAAUUUUCAAGGAACCAACUACUUUGAUUAAAGCAAGUUGCCAUGAUGAUUGGAAAAAGUAUACUGUAUAUGCCUUUUCAGAAACAGUUACAACCUUGAGUUAUCUAAGGAACAGUCUAUUAAAUUUUCACUCUUAAAUAACUGGACAUGCGAUGGCAUUUUAUGUACAUUGUGCUAAUUAUGUAAGCACCAAGGUAACGUUACUCUUAUGAGCUUCAUUGUGACAGCUAGUCACUUUAGUAUUUCUACUACUGUCAACUGUCAGAAAUACUAGGAAUUUCCUAAUCCUUCAAACUGCUUCAUAAAGCCAAAUUCUGUACUUUGUUGUGAGUGUGUUUCCUGUCGAGCAAUUCAUUGUAUUUUUGUGAAAUGCCAUUUUAAAAAUUAAUAAUAUUGGAUUGUUUGGAUUCAAUCUACUGUAUUAAUGUUUCAACUUUUACUUACCAAAUUACUACUCAGUUCUUCUAUGGGAAGAACAUACAAGCAAACGUUCAUUCCUAUUUUCCUGUUCUUUAAGAAUUUUAACCUGAGUUCAUGCCCAGUAUGAAUUGUUACAUAAUGUUGCUACCUCCCUACCAAAGUCAUGCCUUGGGAAGAUUCCUAAACUGUUUUUAUACCAUUUUCAAGAUGGUUUUACAGUACAAAAUCUGUAAAUAAAGCAUUAGACUCAUUAAAAAUGUAAAACUAAA